AUGCCAGAAGUGAAAGUUAUAACACGUAUAUCUACAAGAGGAUCUUUAGAAAUAAAAUACAACGGCAUUCUUAUAUUCUCUAAACUUGAAGUGGGCGGUUUCCCAAAACUGGAUCCGUUGGUCGAAGCUUUAAAAAGCGUAGUAAAUGGUGCAACUCCACAGAUGGUUACUGAGUGUUACAAGCCGUCCUACUGCAUACUAAUUUGA